AUGGAUGCCGAAAAUACUGAAUUAUUUUUUCAUUCUAUUCGAGAUUAUCCCGUAUUAUACGCAAUUGGACACGCAGAUUAUAAAAAUACGUACAAAAAAGAGGUAGCAUGGAGAAAACUUCAAGAAAAGACUCGGAUAGAUGGUAAUGUUGAGAUAGUAAAUCCUUUAGUAGGAAGAGGUGCUGAUGUUAAUAAAGCAGAUAAGUGUGGAUCUGCUCUUUUAAAUUUUGCUCCUCAAAUAGGUGUGUUUAGUCCAAAGCAGUUAGUACGAUAUAAUUUAUUUGGUAGUAACGGCCUUGAAGGCAUUUCAUCUUGUGAAUUUCCACAUUUUCCUGGAGAGAACAAAAAUGAUGUAAUUAAGAACUUAAAUAACCAAUUAAAAGAGGCAAAGGAUGAAAUUCAGUUAACAGAAAAAAUAAAUGAAGAGUUACAGCAAAAACUGUAUUUGACUGAAGCUGAGUUAAACAGAGUAAGAAAAGAAAGUACAGUGCUGAUAAACAAUAUAGAGGAUUUGAAAGUUAAUUAUGAAAAUCAUAUACUAGAAAAAAAGAAGGAACUUAAUGAUAUAAGAGAUCAAUUGUAUGAAAUAAACAAAGAAAACGUAAGAAAAGAAAUAACAAGACCUCAUUCUAUACCUGAAGUAGAAACCAGGUGUAUUAAAGAUAAUGAUGAUCAAGAACCAACCUGGCUAUUUAGUGAAGGAGAAAAUAAUCAAUAUGAUAAAACAAGUGAAGAUAAAAACCUUGAAAAUAUCGAUUUCGAGAUUGGAGUAUGGAAUGAAGCUGAUAAUGAAAGUAGCGAUGAUCAUAAAUCAACUCGGCUAUAUGGAAAAACAGAAAAUUGUCUAACAAGUGAAGAUAAAAACCUUGAAAAUACCGAUUUCCCGAUUGAAGUAUGGAAUGGAACAGAUAGUGAAAGUGACGAUGACGACAAUAUUAGUCCUUGCCCUGAUUAUGAUGAAAGUUUUGAUUACUUUGGUAGCGAAGAAGAUUAUGAGGAGUGCGAAAAAGAACUUGAUAAAGUUAUAAGUGCAGCACUGGAACAAGGAAUAAUGUUCACUUUUCCAUAUAAAUCUGAUAUAUCCUUGAUAGAUUGUAUAGCUGACACAUUUCGAAAACUAUAUUUAUCUGCUGGCACUACUCGAAUUUAUGAGUUCUUACACAAGAGAAAAAUAUUUCAGGUAAUAUCAGAAGGUGCAUCUUUAAAUAGAUCGAGCGAUGAAGAGCAUGAAGAUUUUGUGAACAUAAUUUGUUCAGAUGUAGGUACUUUGAUUAAACGAUCCGAAAACCUUUCAAAGCUUAAGGAAUUAGCACUUGAAAGUAUUAUGAAUAAAAGUAAGCAAGUUGAUGAGCAUGAUUUUAUAUUAGAAAUAGAUAAUGGAUAUUUUUGCAUAGAUUAUCCACAAAAUAGUAUUAUUGAAGUUGCAAGGAUAUUAAAUAAUCAAAAAGCUAAAGAUUUAAAUCUAAACUUUGGUAUACUUCAAGUUGGAAACAGUAUAAUUAGAGUUGAAAAUAUAGGAUGA